CAAAGAGGAAAGGGAGGCAAGGGACUGGGAAAGGGGGGAGCCAAGAGGCACCGCAAAGUGCUCCGUGACAACAUCCAGGGGAUCACCAAACCCGCCAUUCGGAGAUUGGCUCGAAGAGGUGGUGUCAAGCGAAUAAGUGGAUUGAUUUAUGAGGAGACCAGAGGCGUGCUGAAGAUCUUUUUGGAGAAUGUGAUUCGCGAUGCGGUGACUUAUACGGAGCAUGCCAGGAGGAAGACUGUCACGGCUAUGGAUGUUGUUUAUGCACUUAAGAGGCAGGGCAGGACUCUUUAUGGUUUCGGAGGCUAAAUUUGAAUUUGAAACAAUUUUUAGUUGGAAACUUAGAAAUGAUAUUUCGAAUGUUGUUCUUCACAACUUAGAAGCAGAAUUGUGUGGUUAUAAUGAAAUGUUUGGUUUACAGUUUAAUAUCUAAUGAAAAUGUUUUGUUGAAGCCUUA